GAUAAUCUUUUACUUAUACUACAGCACGUAUAUUAUUAAAAGUGGCGAUAUCCUCUUAUCAACAAAAUAGUUUCCAAUCAUAAAAUACAUUGUAUAGAAGCGCUAUUAAAUGAAAAAGUUAGCGCUAAUUUCAUAGAGCGUGUUAUUAUCAACAACCCUUAAAAAGACCUGAGUUAUAUUCAGCAGCUAUAUAUCUCAAUCAAAGAACCAUCUGUACCCUUCACAUCAAACUUACAUUGUAAUCUGUUCUAAAUUCAAUAAGAAAGUCGACCUGAAUUUAGGACUGAAGCUCUAUGUGAGGCUAUCAUACCAUUGAGUAAGUAUGUAUAGAACAGUUGCGUUAAUUGCCAGAAUGCUAAGACAAUGUGUUCAGCUGCAAAGUUUAGCGUCAUCGGGACCUAUUUUAACUUCAAACCGUGCUCCGCUGAGUACUUCGAAUAGAUCAAACACUGCAAACAUUGAAGAUGGGCCAGACCUCGGCGACUUUAUUCAAGGCAGCAUUACGAAGGGUGACACAUGGGCUAAUUACAAGCACAAAUUAAAACGUGAGCCGGGGGAAAACGAGAGAUUAAGGCUACCCCCUUGGUUAAAAACCGAAAUCCCACGCGGCCAAAACUACUCAAGACUGAAAGAAUCGCUGCGAAGUAAGAAAUUGUAUACAGUAUGCGAGGAGGCACGGUGCCCCAAUAUGUCCACCUGCUGGGGCGGAGGCGAGGACCACGUCGCCACAGCAACCAUCAUGGUUCUGGGCGAUACUUGCACGCGGGCUUGUCGAUUCUGUUCUAUAAAGACAUCUCGGAAACCCCCUCCGCCGGAUCCAAACGAACCUGUAAACACGGCUGUUGCCGUAUGUGAUUGGGGCAUCGAUUACGUGGUCCUCACUUCUGUUGACAGAGAUGACCUUCCUGAUGGAGGGGCUGCUCACUUUGCCCAAACGGUGACAGAAAUAAAACGGAUCAAACCAAAUCUCCUAGUUGAGUGUCUGACAGGGGAUUUCGGAGGUGAUCUGGAAGGUGUGAAGACCGUUGCCGCGUCAGGUCUAGACGUUUACGCCCACAACAUCGAGGUCGUACCUGAGUUGCAAUCGUUGAUUCGCGAUCGGCGGGCGAACUUCGAUCAAAGUCUUGCUGUUUUGAAGACUGCUAAAGUUUUCGAGCCCAAACUUCUCACCAAAACAUCGAUUAUGCUCGGGUUCGGCGAAACGGACGAACAGGUAAAACGAGCUAUGAAUCUUGUACGUGAAGCUGGAGUUGAUUGCUUCACCCUUGGCCAAUAUAUGCAACCGACAAAGCGACACGUUAAGGUGGUCGAAUAUGUUCAUCCCGAUAAGUUUAAACAGUGGGAGGAGUACGGUAAUUCAUUGGGUUUUGUGUAUACGGCAUCAGGUCCAUUGGUACGCAGUAGCUACAAAGCUGGAGAAUACUUUGUUAAAAAAUAUCUUAAUAGAAGAAAGCAGGAAAAACUAAAACAGCAACAACAAUACGUUUCUUCAUUAUUGUCAACAAGAACAACGUAAAACAGAGAGUAUGUACAGGAAGUAAAAAGUAUGAAACGUUAAGAAACGCAGUAGCUAUAUGAGUCAGCAACCGUAAACACAAAACAGUUGUAACGGAAAUAGCAUUUGCUUCGAUCAAAAAUAAGUCAUAUUCUUUCUAACAGAGACUGAAUGUGGCAGGUAAACGAUGAGGACGCAAUGAGAAUUAGUCUUAAUGUAAAGUCUAAUAAACUUCAAUACAUGGUUUAAACACUAAUAAUACAGAUAUAUGGCUGUGAUGUAUAAUAUCGUAUAUAACAAUAUUACCUAUACAGCAUACCAAUUUUGAGCCACAGGAAAAUGUUAUUCUUCUAUUGUAGGUGUCUAUUUAAUGAAAAAAAGACUUUCAUGUUUAUUUUAAAGGUGCCAUAAGCUGUAUGUGAACUUUUCCUGCAAAGGUGGCCUUUCGUAAAUAAAUAAAAAGCUUUUUUUAUGUAGAUGUCUUAGCUAACAUUUGUUAACUUGCGUUAGCUAAUGCACGGAAUUAUUCGAUAUUCAUUAUGUUGAUAUUUUCUGGUAAGACGUAGUCUAGGCUGAAGAUAACACAUACAGAAUUAUUUAUAUAGAAAUGAAGGUCUUCAUUUCGAUAAACGAAGUAGGGCUGAGAAUUGGCUCAUCGGCCGUGGAGUGGAGUGUGAACAUGCUACUAAAUAUUCAUCCAUGCGUGUGCUUUUCGCAUUAAACUAUUAAGUGCCGAGAUGAAGUUGCACGUACUGGGGCGCCUGAUAAAUCAUGAACAUUUAGAGGGGCAUACUCUUCGAAAUUUCAAUACAAUGUCUUAAUAAUCGAUUUAAUCAUUUAUUUGAUUACUAAGUUAUUGUAUCAUAUUAGAAUAGGGAUAUCUUGGUUACGAUGAGAUAUAUAGCAAUAGAAAGAUCAAUUCAUGUAAUGUCCUUUUCGAGUAGAUAGUCGUAAUCUCCAAGAAAAGCCUUGAUGCAUCCUUUAGUUUAGCUCUUCAACGUUUUAAACGAAAACGAUUAUACGAACCUAAUUAAUGUUCGACCGAAACAGCAUGCAUUGUUGUGUCACUACAUGUAUUGUCGACCGUUAGCAAUCGAGUGACAGUGGAUUUGCCUGAAAUUAAAAUAGAGAUUAAAAUAAAAAAAAAUUUUAA